AAGAAUCAGAGUCAGUCAGGACAGUCCUAUCAGUCUGAUACAACACAACAUGCAAGUGCAUUCAACUUGUGUGUGGUCCGAAUCACAGCAGUUGAAUUAGAAAAGCUGUCCACAGCAAGUGAAGACCGUGCACAGCAAGCCAGCACUAAUCCAACAAGAGGGUGAAAGACUCCAAAUUGAAAAGUUUGUUCAAGACCGCAUAUGGACAGGACAAUCUAAGAUAUAGAGAGCAAGAUCAAUAGAGAAAGCGAUCGCUUUGAAGAGGAGUCGACAACAUGACAGCUGCGACAGAGCAACUGGACGAGCUCUGCUAUCUCACAGCUCAGUCUCUCACCACACUGAAGACGUCAGAGCACUUUAAGCUUAUCAAGCUGCUGGGACAGGGGUCAUAUGGAAAAGUCAUGCUGGCUGUCCACAAAAAAAUAGGGACGCCCAUGGCACUGAAGUUCUUCCCCCGGCAGGACACGUCCCUCCAGGCGUUCCUGCGCGAAUACAACCUCUCGCUCUCCUUCUGCACGCAUCCCUCUCUCAACCGAGCCCUCGGGAUCUUCUACUCCACUCCCUCCUACUACGUCUUCGCGCAACAGGCCGGUCUCCAUGGUGACCUGUACGAUGUCAUUGUGUCAAAGGAUGGUAUAAGUGAGGAGUGCUCUCAGAGAGUGAUAUCUCAGCUGAGUGGGGCUGUGUCCCACCUCCACUCUCUUGGCUUUGUCCACCGCGACAUUAAGCCUGAGAACAUCUUCCUCUGCGACGCCGCGUGCCGCUGGGUCAAACUGGGCGACUUUGGCCUGGUGAGGGCUCAGGGCACGGAGGUCCGCGCCGUCUGGUACGAGUCACCCUUCUGCGUGCCUGAGGUAGCCGCGGCCAAAAGGAAGAAGCUUGAAAGCAGGACAAAGAAGGAAGCGGAUGAGGAGGAGGAAGAGGAGGAGGAAGAGGAGGAUAUUUGGAUAUCCGUAGAGCCCAGUUUGGAUAACUGGGCCCUGGGAAUUCUGGUGUUUUGCCUGCUGACCAGCUGCUUCCCCUGGGAGGAGAGCACCACAGAUGACUCGUCCUUCCGCGCGUACAAGAAGUGGUUCGACCACAUGUCCGACAGCGAGGAGGACGCCAACUGCUAUGACCAAAUCGCUCCGUACUUUUCCACCUUCAGCCCGCUAGCUCUGUCCCUCUUCAGGCAGCUGCUGAACCCAGAGCCCUCGCUCAGGGCCGGGGCCGACGAGAUCCCAGGCUACCUGGGGGGCUCCUGGCUCCUAGAGACUGAGAAGGAGGAGAGGAGGAAGGCAGAGGAGGCCGAGAGGGAGGCCAGGAAAGUGUCAGACGGAGGAAUCACAAGGGAGAAAGAAAGGGAGGGGAGAGGAGAAAGAUAAAUGGUUUACCCUUUAUAGUGUUAUUUAUUGGCCCUUGCACUAUAUGUUUUGAGACACAGAACAUAUAUCUGUCUACUGAGAUGACUAAUCUAAUAUCUGAAUUGGGAUCUGUAUAGAAUAAACAAAUUAAUACUGUAUAUGGAAUGGACAAUGAAUGUAUUUUUAGCAUGAAUAUAUCUAGUCUAUCUAGUAUAUUUAGUCUAGGGUGUUUCUGUGAGAUUAAUCACAACUUCGUUAAACUGAUGUCCUUUUCUCUUAUCCUGUAAAUAAAUGAUGCCCAGAGCUGUUAUAGAUGUGAAUAUAUAUGUGCUUCAACAGAAAAUACUUUACAAGUGCUUAGACAAGCAGUGCUGCUAUAAACUGUAUGCUGAUAUGGAUACAGUAUAUAGUAAAACUGUCAGGCAAUCCUGCCCUUUAUCUCUACCUCAGAGAGAAGUUGUUUGGCUGAUGAAACAUGUCAUUUGCUUGUAGGAGAAUCUUGUGUAUAUGUGGUUGUUUUUUUUUUUAAUACUGUUAUGAAAUAAACAUAUUUUCAUUUGUUU